CUUCCUUCUUGUGUCCCAUGCUUACACAGCUUGCAAAGGCAUCUUCUACUUCUGACUUUGAACACUUCCCAAUCUUCUUCCUAUAUACACAACAAACAACAUAUAUGCAUGUAGAUACAUAUAUAUGUGAGCCUCUCCUUGUUUACCCAACUCCACCCGAUCGAUCUUCAUCCAUCUACAUUAUUUAUGGAGAUGGGGAAGCAAGCAGCAGGCAUGGAUGAUGAAAUUCCUCCAGAUUUCAGAUGCCCCAUCUCCAUGGAGCUCAUGCAGGACCCUGUCACCAUCUCAACAGGUCUCACCUAUGAGCGCAAGAACAUCGAGAGAUGGUUCUUCAGUUACAGAAAAGGCACUUGUCCAGCCACCAUGCAGAAGGUUUUCAGCUUCGAUAUGACCCCAAAUCACACUCUCAAGAGGCUGAUUCUUGCUUGGCAAAAUGACAUGUUCCACUCUCGUUCAUCUCCUGAUCCACAGACUCCGGCUUCCGUCAAGCACCAGGAACUGGUUUCUCUUCUCAAUGCCAUGGAGUCCACUCCAUUCAAGGUCAGUUCCCUCAGGAAGCUUAGGUCCAUCGUCGCGAUGGGCGACGAGAUGAGAGCGGAUUUCAGGCAAUCGGGAGGAGUUGAAGUGAUUGUCAGGACCCUGACUCAUCAGAUUAACCUUGUCGUCGAGAGCUCGGAUUUCUCAGCUUUCAGAGCUUGUGAGGAGGCUCUCGCAGUUCUUCAUCACCUCUCUUUGUCCGAAGAAGAUGACACAAUCCAGCUCUUGUUGAAGCCUGAAGCCUUGCAAGCCAUGGCUCUGAUGCUUCAGAGAGGGAGCUUAGAUGCCCGGGUCCACGCCAUUUCGAUGUUCCAGAAGCUGACUUGUAAGGCCGAUAACCUUGACUUGAACCUCAUUAUACAGGAUCAAGGACUUGAUUUCUUGAAAUCCAUUCUAGAGCUUGUCUCGGAUGAGAUUUGCACCAAGGCAAGUUCAUGUGCGUUGCAAGUCCUGAUAGACAUACUAGGCUCCUCCAAGCACAGUCGGCUGAAGGCCAUAGAAGCCGGUGCAGUCUGUGUCCUCAUUGAGCUUCUCCCGGACUCCAACAGAUCCAAAUCUGAGAAGAUCAUGCAUUUGAUCAAAUUGCUCUGCGACUGUGCCGAUGGGAGGUUGGCCUUCAUCGACCACAGCCUGGGGAUCGCUGCCAUAUCCAAAAAAAUGUUACACGUGUCGCACGUCGCGACUAAGAUGGCGGUCCAGAUCUUGUGGAGAGUUUGCACUUGUCACACGGGUGAGCGGGUUUUGGAGGAAAUGCUGGUGUAUGGGGCUGUAAAGAAGCUUGUGGCAUUCUUGCAUAUCCAUGGCCGGUCAUCCACCAAGGACAAGGUGGUGAAGGUCUUGAAGCUGCAUGGAAAUUCUUGGAGCCGAAACCCUUGUCUCCCUCGCGACUUAAAGGAUUACCUAGCUAGGGUUAGCUAGUGAUUCUUCCUGAAGUCUAGCGGUUGCGGGUUCUCAAUAUCGAUCGUUACAAAAACAAGAAAAAUUAAAGAAGAUCGUCAAGGACAAAUCAAAGUAAAAGAAAUGUAUUGAGAUUAAUUAAUGUCGAUCGUAUACACAGUUAAUUUCUUUAGCAAUAUAUAUAUAUAUAUAUAUAUACGAGAAUAUUUCUGAAAUGGUUACCUUUUGUUUCCUCGAUUGUGUAUUCAAUUAAUUGGGUGUUUUAUUUACUAUCACCAUAAUUAGAGGAUUACCUUUUGUUUC